CCUCAUCCCUUCAUCCCCAUCUACAAAAGUGGUCAGAAGGUCCCGACAAACAUCCGUCUCACACACUUCACUUCUCAGCUCCGUCCUCCGAAGAGAAGCAGGGAACCUUUCGGUUACUCCUCUGAAAACCUUAAGAAUUUUCCGCAAAAAAAAAAAAAAAAAAAAAAAAAAAAAGAACGUUUUUGGUCAGGCUGCACUUUCUGGAAAACAUCUGAAUCAUUUCUAACGAGCCCCAGCUGCCGACCCGGAAUGAACGCCGAGACGUGCGUCUCAUACUGCGACAUGACAUCCAUGGAUUCGUACUACGGCGCAGGGGCGGCCGCGCAGGGCAGGGAGCACCAGGCGAUCCCCUUCAGGACUUUCCCGCCCGGCGACUCCAAGUACAGCCCCACGUUCCUCUCCAACAAGCCUGGGCAGCCUUUCGGCGAGAAGUCCCGGAGCCCCUUCCAGCAGGAUUGCCCCUCUCUGGAUGCCUCCUCUGGAGAGGGCACCUUCAACAAAUACCACCUCUUCAUGCAGAGAUCCUGCAAAACCCCCCCGGAGGAGAGCAAAGUCCACCCGGAAAGCGCGCACACGGGAGCGCUCAUCUCUUGCUAUGCCAAAGACAGCACCGGUCUCACAGAGUCUGAAUUGCCCCCGAACGCUGACACUGCAGGGAUGGAAGCCAGCUACGUCAGCGUGAAGGAACCGGGAGCCAAAGGACCGCAGGAGCGACCAGGCCCCGAGCUGGCCGGGCCCCUGGAUAAGGUCGAAGGCGAAAGCAACAAGGGCAAGAAAAGACGCAACCGCACCACCUUCACCAGCUACCAGCUAGAGGAGCUAGAGAAGGUGUUCCAGAAGACGCACUACCCAGACGUGUACGCCCGCGAGCAACUGGCUCUGCGCACGGACCUGACCGAGGCUCGCGUGCAGGUGUGGUUUCAGAACCGGAGGGCGAAGUGGAGGAAGAGGGAGCGCUUCGGCCAGAUGCAGCAGGUCCGCACGCACUUCUCCUCGGCCUACGAGCUGCCCCUGCUCACCCGGCCCGAGAGCUACGCACAGAUUCAGAACCCUUCCUGGAUCGGGAGCAGCAGCUCGGCCUCUCCGGUGCCCGGCUGCGUGGUGCCCUGCGACACGGUCGCCUCCUGUAUGACUCCCCACCCCCACACGGCUGGCGGGGUGUCCGACUUCCUGGGCGCUCCCAGCCCCAGCGGCUCGAUGGGACAGACGCACAUGGGCGGCCUGUUCGGCGGCCCCGGCAUGGGAGCCGGCCUCAACGGCUACGACCUCAACAUGGACCCUGACCGCAAGUCGUCCAGCAUCGCCACGCUGCGUAUGAAGGCCAAGGAGCACAGCGCGGCCAUCUCCUGGGCAACAUGAUCUCGGGGUCGGAAACGUGCGUUUACCUCCCCUCCCUCAACCCCCCACCCGGACCCCCGUCAGCGUACCGGCCAACCCGAGAGGAGAAGGAACGGGUCAUUCGUUGACCCAAACAACCACGACUGGUUGACCGGCCACCCUAAGGAGUAACAGCAUAACGACUGAGUAAAGAUAGAAGAGCAAAACAGACAAGCUGAGCAACAUCCCACGAAGACCUUUACUUUGGACUCUUUGAGAUCCUGCUCCACUUUGAGGGAGUGUGUUUCUUUCCAGACACGUGCUCUGAGGCGUCAGAGUUGACGGAGCCACCGAUCCAGACUAAGAGUGAGUGGAGGGCCGGGAAAGCCACGCCGUAGAGUGGUCUCAGACAUAAUCAUAAGCUCCCGACAGACAUUCAACACACAACAGAACUGCGGUCCUUUGCUGUCAAAAUGGACAAACUCUUUGACUGGUGCAAAUAGUUUUGCCGAAAACUUGGCGGAUGACAAAACUGCAGUUCGUUGCAAUUUAUUUUUUUUUCCAGUACGCAUGUAACAGUUUUAAACAUCUUCUUCAUUUAGCAUCAUCUAUUUUCUCCUCAAGUCCUGAUGCCCCUCAGUAAGGUGUGUGUUAGUGUGUCUUACCUAACCGAGGAGUUGACCAACUCAACAUUAAAUCUCAAGCACAAAGACCUACCUAAAUGGGUUUUUCUUCAAUAAAUCCCAUUAGCCAUUUUCCAGGCCCUGAAAUACAAAUAAGUUGAGCACUAUCUCUAGACUUUAAUACCCCUGCUGUAGUACCCUUGAUCAAGGUACUUACACUGAGUUGAUACACUAAGAGUACCCUGACGUAGAAAUGGGUAAAUCGUUGUAAAGAACCUUGCCUAACGUUCCAAUUCAUUUUGGACAAAUUAUACCAGUCAAGUUCGAACUUAAACACUGCAUCUCUCCACAAAGGACACAAUCUCUCGCAGAAUCUUACAUUGGUAAUUUUUUUUUUUUUUUUUUACGACCGAUACACUGGUUGCUCCAGUGCCCUGUAAGACUGAUCUCCGGGAGGUUGGCGAGUUACAACGCAGCAAAACAUUUGGGUGGUUCGAACCUGCAUAGCGAAGCCCAGCUGGUCUUUUCUCAGCAUCAUUACUCUGUUCCUGCAGUAACAAAAGCUUUGCUCCAGCCUUCCAAGAACAGCUCGCUUGUUUUCUUCUUCACAGUUGGGGGAAGCUACAUUACAAGCCCAGUCUGAAUCCAGGUCCAGAAACUGGGUUAUUCAUUCCUACAUUUACUAUCCAGACCACUGUGACCUCACAGAGGUAUGACACAGUAUUAAGUCAGUUGGGUAUCUGUGACUCCUACCAGUCCUGGGUGUGUCCAACCAUGAUGUGCAAAUUAGUCACACUGUGGUAGCAUGGGGGGGGGGGGGGGGAAAUCGAAGGAAAAAAAAAAAAUUAAACCUGUUCUCUUCCUUUCUUCUGGAAAAGUAGAACGACAUAUCAAUAUAAAAACACAUGCUUUGCGUUCCACUGGGCCUCUGAUCUGAACACCUGGAUUUCAAGUGAACGACAGUUAUUACGGCAAGAACUUUUUAGUCCAUGACCAGUUCUUUGAUCUGCAGUGCAUAUUUACCGUCACUUACUAUACUCCUGUUGUAACAAAAGUUGGUGUUUGUAGCUUGUUUGCUUUCAUUAACAUUAUAUAACCAACGUCUCUACCCUCCCCAGUAUGGACUCCAAGGAAAGGGGGUGCCUUCACGCUCUUAGUGUGGCCAGCCUAUCUCUCUGUGAGGACUUUACACGUUCUCCAGGUGCUCUGGUUUCCUCCCGCAGUCCGAAACACACGUUUCCAGUGAAUUGGUGACUCUAGAUUGUCUCUAGUGACCGUACGUGUACAUGUAUGUACUGCUGCCCUGCAAUAGGCCUGUUAGCAGGUCAGGGCAUACCUUCCCUCAACCCCUAUAUGCUUCCAGCAUAUGAUCCCAAUCACCACAAUCUUGUAUGGUGUAAGUGGGUACCGAUGAUGAAUGAAUGUCUGCAAAUGCUGAUCCUCCAUAUUCCCAUGAUUCCACUCAUCAAAUAAGACAGCAGCAUGCACCCACAUGAUGCAAAGAGGCAAUAAUCACACAGGUCAUUUCUGGAAAGAGUCGUGGUCUUGACACCCCCUCAAAACAAAAUGCUCUUACAAGCUUCUGAUAUAAAGACAUUCAUUCAGACAUUAACAAUAUGAACAUCAUUUCCAGUCACAUUUACUAAAUGUAUAUGGUGCAUAUCUCUUUUUCCCCAUCAGUGCAAACCCUUUAACUGAUCCACAGAAAUUCAGAAAAAAAAAAAAAACCAAAGAGGAGGUUCUGGAAAAGACUGCACACCUCACCUCACUCUGACUCCACAGCGAGGAUCCCCUCUACUUCUAGGAGAAAAACUCUUCUUCCCCCUUCCACUUUUAAUACUACUGAAGCAAGGCAUAAGUUCAAGAGUAAUAUUUUUGUGCAUUUUUUUCUUACAGUGCAGAUGUAUUGUUAAUGAUUCUCAGUGUUAAACUAAGACCCUUUAAAAUGUAACUGAUAUGUUGUAAAGUAUUAUUGUGCCUUUUGUCCGAAAUGCAAUAACGUGUUCCCGUUUAUGUUGAUUUAACCAAGGCUUCAAUGGCUUAAAACUUUGUAUAUGAACACUUUAAAAGAAAUUUCAUGGCUGUAAGCUGGAUUGUACCGCAUUUAAAAUGUUUUACAUUUAAUCUUAUUCAUGAACUUAGAUUUCUGUGUG